UGAAGGAAGAUUAGAAGUAGUAUGUGGUGAUUUAGAAAAGGAUAGAUUAGGAAUUGAAGAGGCGGAUUGGAAAUCAUUGAGUGAAAGGGUUGAUGUUGUCAUACAUAAUGGCGCAUUGGUUCAUUGGGUAUAUCCGUAUCCCAAACUCAGAUCUGCAAACGUUAUAGGAACAUUAUGGUGCAUAAAUUUAGCCAGUACACAUCAUUCCAAACCAUUUAUAUUUUUAAGUUCUACAUCCGUGUUAGACACAAGGCACUAUGUUUCGUUAAGUGAUUCAAUUAUUGAAAAAGAUGAGGGUAAAGGAAUUAGUGAAAACGAUGAUUUGGAAGGUAGUAGAUUUGAAUUAAAAAGUGGAUAUGGUCAAAGUAAAUGGGUUGCAGAGAAGUUGAUUAUGGAAGCUAGGAAAAGAGGGUUGAGUUCUUGUAUUGUAAGACCGGGAUAUAUUGUUGGGGACAGUAAAACUGGUGUAACAAACACGGAUGAUUUCAUUUGGCGUCUAAUAAAAGGCUGUAUUCAACUUCAUUCGAUUCCAACAAUCCAUAAUACGCUCAAUAUGUGCCCUGUUGACUAUGUUGCGCAUUGUGUAACAGUGAUAUCAUUAUCAUCCAAAGCUUCCGAUCUAGGUGUUUUCCAUAUAACACAUCAAAAAAAUCCAUCAAUCAGAUUUAUUGAUCUAUUUAACUCAUUAUCGCUCUAUGGUUACGAUGUUACAAAAACAGAAUAUAUAGUUUGGAGAAAUAAGCUAAUGGAAUUUACAUUAAAACAAGAAGAUAAUGCUUUAUAUCCUUUGCUUCAUUUUGUAUUAGAUGAUUUACCGAGUAGUACUAAAUCUCCAGAAUUAGAUGAUAGAAAUACUAGAGAUAUUGUUGGUCAGGAGUGUAUGGUGAUUGAAGAAAACCUUAUUGGAAUUUAUUUGGGGUAUUUAGUUAAAGUUGGAUUUUUAGAUAAACCAGUUCCACGUGAUGUUAGUGAUUUGGAAAGUAAAGUUUUGGAUUUACCGGACAUUACAGUUGAUCUUGAAGAUGUUGAAGUUUUGAAGAGAAGUGGAAGAAAUUGA